UUUGCUCUCGCCCCCCUUUUUCGUUCCCGAAAUUCACGCUGAUACUGGGCUUUGUUACUGCCCACUCUUUCUCUAAUUUCUUUUCAUGGCGACAUUGACGAGGGUGAAGAGCGAGUCUCCUCACCACGAUCAGCCAUCUACGUUAUCGGGCACUAUCCCCGCUCCGUUCUCUCUCGAGGAACGCGCUCGAAUCCUCGGCCAGCACACUUCCGAAGGACAACAUGAACCACAAACCUCGUUCCGAGAGGAUGCGCAAACGACAGUCGAAGAUCAGCCGCUCGCAUCGUCCAGCAGCACGACUCAAGACGUGAUCCCCUCGAUAGCGUACGUACAAAAUUCGGCCCUCAUGACGCUCAACGACCUACUCUCUUCCUCACCCGAAUGGCGCACCAUCGUCCCAGACCGCCGACACUCCGUCCCCGCUCACGCGAGCUCGUCAAAGUCCAAGUCUGCCCCACUCGACUCGAUACAGCCCAAAGCCGCGCUCGAGACCCUGCUUUCUAACCUGCGCAGUCGCGAGAUGGAGGGUGGUGAUGGUGGCGGAGAGAUGGUGGAAUCACGGAUGCCGACGGAUGAGGCCGGUAUGCUAUACGAACUCCAACACCGAAUCGAUACCCUCGUUCCGUCCCUCUCAGCCGAGAACGCAGAACUCGCCGUAACACUAACAUCCCUCCUAUCCCACCUAAACCGCCUGUCCGCCAUCGACCUCUCACCCACAUCGUCUCCACCCCCAUCAUCGGGAUCAUUCCACGACUCUGAUUUCUCGGCUGAUGUGUUCGACACGCUUUCGAGACAACUGAGCGACUUUCAAUUCCAGAGACUUGCUGCUCAAAGAACUGAUGUGCCCGAAGAAGGUCUGCCGCCUGUCGUUGCUGUGGAGAAGGCGCUGUUGUGGACGAGGGUGGACGAGAAUCUCGAGACUGUGCUUAGGCUUUGCAGGCAGCGGACGGAGGGUAUUCCUCGUCAGGAUUAUCUACCCCCGCAGUACGAUAUCGGAGACUACGAACUCGAUUCGGAGGGUCCGCCGGAGUACGACUAUGGGAGUGCGAUAGCAUAUCAGGAGAAAGAGAAGGUACAGGCAUCGUCUUCGACGGCGCCGCCACAGCAGGACUCGAACACGAAAGAUUUGAGCGAGAAGAUGCGGUUGGAUUUGGACGCGGUUACGAUGGCUAUCGAUCGGCUGUAUCUCGUCGCUCCGCAACUGCAUAAUCAACGCGUCGAAUUACGGUCGUCGAAGCGGGAGGAGCUGGAGAGAGCGGCGAGGUCUGCGGGGCCUUCGUCGCAUGAUUUGCAGAAGAGGAAGGAGAGGGAGUUGGACGACUUGCUUGGGAAGAUCGGAAAGGCGUCGGAGAGGAAACUCGUGAAUCAGACGGUUGUGCUGGAGGGUGGGAUGAAGAUGCAGAUGGAGAGGGCCCGUCAGCGAGACGUGCAGAAGCGCCAAGAAUUCGUAGAGAAGCUCAUGGAACACUCCGCCGGUGGUCGUCUGAACUCACAAGACGCAACAUUCACCCUCCCGAAAGUCAAAGACCCACACGCCCUCCUCACCCUCCCAGAAUUCAUCCGCGAAUCCGUCCCCAAGUCGAUGGAAGCCCCUCCCGAUCCACAACAGAUGAUGACUCUCCCCGAAUUCGUGCGAGAUUCGCAGCCGAGUACGAGUAGCAGCAGUCCGCCUUCGUCAGCAGUGCCCGAGCGUCUGUCUCGUCGCAAGUCGAGCAAAGGCCUCCGGAGCAGGAGUAUGUCUGCGCCAGCUCUAAAUUGGUUGAGGCCACGGACGUCUUCUGAAGCUACCCGGCCAAAGUCCAACCACCAGAGUCGACCCACAUCCAGUUCAUCACGGCCAACAGAGCUGGACGUCGUCUAUGUUGCAGAGCACCACGACAACCUUCACCAUAUCCUCGCAUUCCUGACCGUCUCCGGUACAACCCCCGGUGUCCCCCUCGAAGCCGAAGUCCUCGACUCUUCACCACCCCGCCUCAUCCUCCGCUCUUCUUCCACCAUCUCACCUCCCCUGUCUCUCCCUGCCCACUGCCCACCCGGUCCACGCGAAGUCAGAGCCCACGAAACACACUACGAAAUCAAACUCUCCACCGCCGCCACCGUCCACACCCCUACCACCCCCUCCGCCUCCGCCCCCUCUUCCCUCCCCCUCAUCGACGCAACCCAACUCCUCUCCACCUCCCCCACCUCCUUCAUCUGCGCCUCCUGCUCGCUCCCGCUCGUCCAAAGCGCGAAAAUAACGCGGUACGACGACCUCCCGAGCGAACAUUGGGGCGAACUCGUCGAUGCGUGGAUGUGUCAUGCGGAUCAGGGGUUGAACGAGCAGGUCGCGAGGCAUGCGAAGGGGGGCUUUUGGCCGGAGAGGGGGCAGGCGCUUGUUGGGGGGAGUUAUAUACUUUUUGAGGAAGGUGCGGUGAUGAGGAGUAAUUUGUGGACGGCGGGGAAUGUUAAGCAUGAAGAAGACUGGAAGUCCGUGCGAUGCAUAUGUGGAUCGUAUGCCGGGCGCUGUCAGGACUACACGAACACGGAGGGCGAGAAAGUCGUCGUGUACAGGCUCGUCAAGUAUGCUAUCCGGCCUGUAAGCCUUUCGGCCGAGUUGAAACGUAUACCGCUAUCUGCGUUCAUCGUAGAAGAUAUGAUGGAGUAUGUGCAGGCGCAUGCGACAUAUCGGUUCUACGUCGUGGAUGAGGAAGAGGAAAAGCCAAGAUUACUCGUGUGGCUCUUCAAACCGAAUAUCCGACUCUCCUAUCUCGCUCCUUCGUCAUAUUCCAUUCCUAGGAGGGGGACCAUCCAGGCUGCGAAAGUCCUCUUCAAGAUAUUGGGUCCAAGUCCUAGUUCACUUGAUAUAUCUACUGUCUUGGAGGAAUUCCCCGGAUUUCCACAAGCAGAGCAGUUGCUAUAUCCCAUGGAAGUCUGCCGGAGGCUCGCGAUUGUUCUCCGGGAGAGCAAUAAGUGUUAUCCAGAGCCGAUGAGGACGAUGACGGGGCUUGAUGUUGGGUGGUUGCUUCGCGCGUGAAGUCUUGGGAAUCUGUACUGGGUACGGUCGUCCUUCUUGACGUUGGAUCCCUCGUUUGUCGUGCACCUUUUUUUGCCCUUUCCUUUGGUUGACGGUUAGACGGAGGGGUAUACGUAUAAUUCGGUAGAAAAUAUGCAGUAUACAGUGUUGCUCUCAGAGUCUGAUCCAGCUUCCCUCCUUAUCGAUUCCUUCCCCUGGACCUAUACCGCCUGACCUUUGAAUUCGCCGUACACUCUACAACUCAUUGUUCUUUCCCCUUUUUCUUGUCACAUCUAGGUAUUUAUCACAAUUUCUUAUGUCUGCUUGCUCAC